AUGAAGGCCGGCCCGAAUCUAGAGGUCUUACACGAUCAGAGCGGUAGAAGAGAGGGUAAUUCUUCGAACGGCGAUCGGCAGACAGGAAAUGCCUACCAUCAGGAAGAGAUGGAAGGAAUCAUACCGCAAUUCCAUGUAACUGGUUCCCUCCUCGAUCCUAUCUCUCCCGCCCGAUGGGCUGGUCAUUGUGCCUCCGCCUCAAAGCCCCAGAUCCUAGGAACAGGUUGCGAAAGGCGAAGAGGAUUCGCAACAAAGGAGUUUAAUUGCACCAGAGUCUACGCACUCCGUCGGUCGGCGGUGAGGCACUCUUACGUCACGGGGACAUCGCCGAUUACCGAGGCAGAAUAUCGAUACCAAUUACCCUCCGCCUCAACGACAAGUCUGACUUCGGAGAAUGCCAGUUUCUAUCAACGCGGUGACAAGUGGAAUGUAACCGGUUACCGUGUAGUUACUCAAUCGGUUACUGGGUCACUACCAUACCAGCUCAUGGCUAAUUGGGAUCCCUCCAUCUCUAGGAGACGAUUAAUUAUUUCAGAGCUAACUUCGUGGGCGUGCGGAGGUCAUAGCGAAACUCCUUAUAUCGCAUUGUUGUAA